AUGCAGGAAGUAUCGGCUGAACUUCAGCAGCAGUUGCAGGCACUGGGCAUUGACCCAUCCGAUGACGUAUUUCGAACAGGCUCUGAACAGUUUGAUCACGAUGGGCUUAGCUCGCCAAUUCCGCAAGAAGUGCGUUUUAUCAACGCAGAACUGCGGCGCGUUCCAGUUGAGGGCGUUGGCAUGGUGCUUGCCAUCUUCUCGGGCUCUGGUGCCGUGUACGAGUUCGUUCGCACGCUACGUAAAUGCAUCUACGGUAAGGUUAAACACGCUGUGCGUCUGCAAGUGACGCCUAAUGGCACUUUUACACGCACUCAAUUUGAGGUUGCUAUCAAGGUCAUGAGUAAGGUUAUUAUAGAAGAAGGCAAUCUCCAGGAAAAUCCGCUUGUCGAGCUGGCAGCGCAGCAAUAUCUGUCGAUUCCCGGUCAUGAAAAUGUUCUCACACUGCUCGAAUGCUUACAUGAUGCUGAUUUCAUCUAUGCCGUGCUCCCUUUCUGCAAUGGUGGCGAGUUGUUUUCCGUAGUGGAAAGUGGGGGCGCGAUGGAAGAAGAUGAGUGCCGCCAUUGGUUUACCCAAGUUCUUGCAGGUCUCUCGUACCUCCAGAGUCGGUAUAUUUGCCAUCGUGAUAUGUCGUUAGAAAAUGUGCUGUUGGAUGGUGAUACUUCGAAGAUCAUUGACUUCGGCCUGUCAAUCGGAAUACCUGUCGAUGCACGCGGCAUGACAUAUUCCUUACCACCAGCUGGUGCUGUUGGAAAAAUAUUUUACAUGCCUCCUGAGAUAUACCGCAACCAAGUCCCAUUUAAUGGCUUCUCAGCAGACAUUUGGUCAACAGGUGUAAUGCUUUUUAUCAUGGUGACAGGUGCACCGCCUUUUGAGCGGCCAGAUGACGCAGAUCCGCGAUUUCAGAUGAUCGCGCAGGGUCUUAUGGGUGAAAUGUUAGACUCAUGGGGCAUGGACCACGUGUCUGCGAGCGUGCGUGAUUUAAUGUCAAAAAUGCUGGUUGUCGAUGACCCGUCCCGGCGCCUGACAGUAGAGCAGAUCGCUAUGCAUCCUUGGGUCCACGGCGGAUAG